CUGGUUUUGGGAUGCAGUGGUGGAAGGGAGAUUGUGAAGCUUGUGAAAUCCACAUUGCUACCAUUGGGGCUGCAGGGUUUCACAGGUGGAAUAUGUAUUGCUGUUCCUGCAACCUUCAGGUGGCAUCAUUAUAGCACUGCAGGAGGACAGGAUGGACAUGUCACCUGAGGAGUGGGGGAGGGCAUUGAAAUGGUUCGCAACUGGGAGGUGCAGUUGUUUAUUGCGAACCGAGCGCAGGUGUUCUGCAAAGUGGUCCCCAAACCUCUGCUUGGUUUCCCGAUGUCGAGGACAGUUAAAUUUCUUUUGCUUCUUGAUUGGCUUCAUGGACAUUUCUGAAUAGAUUCCAUCAAUAAUCAAGAAUCUACAAUCAUGGUUCUUGCUUCCCAGCCUGAGGCAGGUCUGUUUGGGCACACUGAGGACGGUGCUAAGAAUCCCAGGAGUUAUAAGAGGUCUCUGUAUAUCCUUUAUGUCCUUAUGGAGAAGCACAGUAAGUAGUCUUCCCAUGUGUUGUUGUGUGAAUAGGAGUCUUCAUAUCAGCUUAUUUUUUUAACCCAAUCAGGCAUGAAAAAUGAUUGAUGUGAAACCUCAUCCCAAGUUAUGUAAGUGCUGCUCAGUUUUAAAAUUGAUUAAAUGAUAUUUUAAGCAGAAGUAAACUAUAAAUAAAUUCAAAUAGGAAAGAAAUAGAUCAAAGGUGUGGAGCAUGAGUAAUAUUUUUUGGUUUAUUCAAAAUAAUACUUUAUGUUAGUACUGAAUAAAAUUGCUAAUUUGAGCAGAGUUACUUUUGCAGGCUUGAAAUGAUGGCAAAACACUGUGGAUGCUGGCGAUCUGAAGGAAGAACACAUCCAGCAGAUUUGAGGAGUGGAUCUUCACCGCAGGCAUGAAGUUGAUUGGAGUUUUGCUGCUGAGUGGAUUGUAUGUCAGUAAUGUGGCAGCUGAUCAUGUGCAGAAUUCGACAGAUCUAGAUCAGGAUAUUGAGAAACGUGAUCUCACGAGCAAAGGGGAUUGUCCUGGUGGCAUCACUUAUUUUGGUUCUUGCUACAAGUUUGUUUCUGAGAAAAAGACUUGGAUUGAUGCUGAGAUGCAUUGCCGAGACUUGGCUCCAGGGGGCCAUCUUGCUUCCGUGCACUGGGUGGAUCAGUAUAUCCUUCUUGCAGAAAUGAUACAUCAAUCCCAAAACGGUUAUCCUCCAACUUGGAUCGGUUCGAAUGACGUCCAUAAGGAGGGGACUUUCCUCUGGAGUGAUGGAUCGACAGGAGAUUUUUUGCUUUGGGCUAAAGGUGAACCCAAUGAUUACAACGCACGGGAAGACUGUGUGCACACUUUCAAAAACCCCACAAUUAAUUGGAACGAUCUGCCUUACCAAUCAAAAUUGAGUUUCCUGUGUUCGUAUAAACUGCCAAGUCCCUACAGUCACUGAAAGAAUCCAUAAGUGCUCCAUGGAUCCUGUCUGGGGUUUCGUGCUUCUAUCGGCUUGUAGUUGUGGUCACAGCCAAUGAUGACUGUACUGACUUAGUUUCUCAGCCAAGAAUAAAAAUUGCAUCAUGA